AUGCCGGCAUUCCGUUCCUUCUUUGCUCUUACAAUCCUGGCCGCUUGCCUGGCGCAAGCUUCCGCUGGCGGUGAUGGUGGCUCUGGCGGAUUUGGCGGUGCAGGCCAGUUCGGCGGUGGGCAAGAUGGUGGGCAGGGUGGUGGCCAAGGCGGUAGCUCUUGGGGAGGUCAAGGCGGUGGUGGCCAAGGUGGUGGCCAAGGUGGUGGCUCUUGGGGUGGUCAAGGUCAGGGUUGGGAUCAGGGUGGCAAGAACCAGUACACCGCGAGCCAGUGGCAAGCUCCCCCAACGACCCAAGUUGCCGCUCAGACAUGCCCACCUCAGACCUGCCCAGCUCAGAACUGCCCACCCCCCGCCACCGAGACCAAGACCGAGACUACCACUGUCACCGCGGUGUCGGCCUGCUCAGGAAGCACUGUGACCGCCUAUGUCACUCAGUGGCAAAACGCUCCCCCUGGGUGCUGGUGCGGUCCUCCUCCCACCGGCCUCCCGGCUGGGGGAGCGGUUGCUGUUGCCAGCGUCUCAAUCACACCGGGUCUCUCGUCCAUCCCAGCCGCGGAGGCUGUCAAGACUGGUGUGUUAGUUGCUGGUCCUGCUGGCCCUCCACCAGCCGCCACGGCCACUGUUUCUCCAGGCGGCUUCUUUGGAUCGUCAAGUGAGUUUCGAAACAGGGUCCGAAGAGAAUAG